CUUGUUGACAUUGCCAGUUUAUGCAAAUUUAGCGGCAAUUAAUCGCAGGCAGCAACUAGUACUAAAGUCAAGUGCAAAAUAAACCAAAGACAAUCCCAAACUAAACGCAACGUAACAACAGCAACUGCAAUAAGACAACAAACAGCCGGAGAAGCAGCAGCAGCAGCAGCAUGGCCUGGGGCUAUUGGUCUGCCACUACAGUGGAUCGUGGUCGGUCGCCGCGACGCGUAAUGCAGAGCACGCCGCUGCCAGUUAAUUUGGUGCAGCAGGAGGAGGAGGAGGAGGAGCCAGCACCACAGCAGCAGCAGCAGCAGCAGCAACAGGCGCAGCAGCAGUCGCAGCAAUCCCAGACUUGUCCCAAUACGCCCAAUCAGCAGGGCGGCAAUGGCGGCACACUCUGCUAUAGUCCCACUUGCCGUUCGCGUUGCUCCAGUCCUUGUCCGGGUUCGCCAUGUGGCUCCAUAACGCCGCCACCGCCGCCGCUGAUGACGUCAUCGCAGCAGCAUCUGCAUCAGCAUUCCAACAAGAACUGCCCGGCGGCGCAGCAGCUAAUGACGCACUUGGACUACGCGGCCAGGCGACAGUCCUUGGACCAGCUGGACAGUCCGCAGGUACUGAACACGUCCAAGUACUUUGACAUACAGGCCAACCAGCUGUCGGACAUCAUGUGUCGCGGCGCCGUCGUCAGCUCCAUACAGUCGGCCAACAAUACGCUCACCAGAGGCGUCUCGCUGCAUAGCCGCAGUGGCAGCGCUCAUGGCAGCCAUCAUAGUCACAGUCAUCAUGGCAGCGCGCACGGCUCGCUCGGCUGUCUGCAGGGCGGAGUAAGUGUGGGCGUGGGCGUGGGCGUGGGCACAGGCAGCACGGGCAGCAUUGGCAUGAUGUCGGCCAGCCAUAUUGAUACGGGCGAUUAUGAUGUGCCGCAUCCGCAUCCAUAUACGCAUCAUUAUAUGCAGACGACAGCUUCGAUGACGCCGCCGCAUGCAACGCUUAGCAGGCCAGGAUCGGCGGGCGCUGUGUGCACGGGUCAUGACUCCGGCUCGGAUUCUAGCCAGGGCUGCGGCGGUUCCAUCAUGGGUGGCAUGCUGGUAAUGGGCCAUGCCGGCCAUAUGGGCAGUCUGGGUCAUCAUAGCACGGGCAGCGGCUCGCUGGGCCGCUGCUCCAGUCGUUGCCACAACACCACCACCACUGACGACUCGGGCGGCGGCAGCAGCGGCGGCGGUGGUGGCGUCGGCGCUGGCAACAAUGUUAUGAUCGGUGCUCCGGGCAUGCUCAUGGAUUACCAUCAUGUUCAUCAUAGCGGUAGUGCGGGCAGCGGUCUCAAUGGUUGCGGUGCUGGCGGUGGCAGCAUUGCUGGUGGCAGCAUCGGUGGACGCAACAGCGUUCUCGGCACUAUACACAAUGGCCACGGGCAUCAUCAUCAGCAAUAUCAUCACGAGUGCAUCCACUACGAACGCUUGCCCAUACCUGUGCCCAUUCCCACAGUGCCCAUGGGCGUGGCCCAGCAACAGCAGCACCAAAUGCCGCCUCAGCAUCAGCUGCAGUCCGAGGAGGAAAUAGAGCCGGCCUAUGCUACAGUAUUCCCCAAUGUUCCUCAAGCGCCUGGUCUAUCCUGCGAUGGUGAAGAUCGCAGCAUCUACAGACGCGGCGCUCGUCGCUGGCGCAAAUUGUAUCGCGUCAAUGGACACAUUUUCCAGGCCAAGCGCUUCAAUCGCCGCGCCUUCUGUGCCUAUUGCCAGGAUCGCAUCUGGGGACUUGGGCGACAGGGUUUCAAGUGCAUACAGUGCAAGCUGUUGGUGCACAAAAAGUGUCAUAAGCUAGUGCAGAAGCACUGCACCGAUCAGCCCGAGCCGCUGGUCAAAGAGCGCUCGGAGGAGUCUAGCGAUCCCAUGCCGGUGCCUUUGCCGCCAUUACCGUAUGAAACAGUGGGCGGCAGUGGCGAUGCCUACGAGUCGCAUGAGCAUGCGCAUAUUGUGGCACCGCAGCAGGCCGAGGAUCCCUUGGAGCCGGCCACACAGCGCCAGUACUCGCUGAACGACUUUGAGCUGAUACGCGUCAUUGGACGCGGCAGUUAUGCCAAGGUUUUGAUGGUGGAGCUGCGACGCACACGUCGCAUUUAUGCCAUGAAGGUCAUCAAGAAGGCGCUGGUCACCGACGACGAGGACAUUGACUGGGUGCAAACGGAGAAGCAUGUGUUUGAAACAGCCUCGAAUCAUCCCUUCCUGGUGGGCCUGCACUCCUGCUUCCAGACGCCCUCGCGUCUCUUCUUUGUCAUUGAGUUUGUGCGCGGCGGCGAUUUGAUGUACCACAUGCAACGCCAGCGACGUCUGCCCGAGGAGCACGCGCGCUUCUAUGCAGCUGAGAUUAGUUUGGCGCUGAACUUCCUACACGAGAAGGGCAUUAUCUAUCGCGAUCUGAAGCUGGACAAUGUGCUGCUGGACCACGAGGGCCACAUCAAGCUAACCGACUACGGCAUGUGCAAGGAGGGCAUUCGCCCAGGCGACACCACUUCCACAUUCUGUGGCACACCCAACUACAUAGCGCCUGAGAUAUUGCGCGGCGAGGACUAUGGCUUCUCGGUGGAUUGGUGGGCGCUGGGUGUGCUGCUCUACGAAAUGCUCGCCGGACGCAGUCCAUUCGACAUUGCCGGCGCCUCCGAGAAUCCCGAUCAGAACACUGAAGAUUAUCUGUUCCAAGUCAUUCUGGAGAAGACCAUACGCAUACCGCGCUCGCUGAGCGUGAAGGCUGCCUCCGUAUUGAAAGGUUUCCUCAACAAAAAUCCCGCUGAUCGCUUGGGCUGUCAUCGCGAAUCGGCCUUCAUGGAUAUUGUUAAUCAUCCGUUCUUUAAAGUCAUUGACUGGGAAAUGAUUGCUCAAAAGGAGAUCGAGCCACCUUAUAUACCUAUACUGGAUCCUGACGAUCCUUAUAUGUCAUCAAAUUUUGACAUUCAAUUCACCAGAGAGCCGGCUGAAUUGACGCCCGAUGAUCCUCAUGUGAUUGACAACAUUGAUCAAUCGGAGUUCGAGGGCUUUGAGUAUGUGAACCCAUUGCUGAUGUCACUGGAGGAUUGCGUCUGACAUCACGAGACGUGUGAUUUACAUCCGUAUAAUAUGCGUCUCUAUGGCGAGGACUCCAGUGAUUACGAUUCAGUGGCUGAUGACUUGAGUCUAUUGCACUUAAACAGUGCUGCAGCAGGAUUAGCCAAUACCAAUAAUAAUUUAAGUCAGCAACAACAACAACAACAUUAUCGCCAACAGCAACAGCAGCCACAAGGCCAGCAAUAUCAUCAAUACACACAACAGCAGCAGCACUUACAACAGCAUCCACAACAUCAACAACAUCAUCAUAAUAAUGCACAUGUUUUGCCUUCCAUUGAACUAAUUAAAAUAACGAAUUAGACAAGAUCAACAGGCUAUAGCUGAGAGCAACAGCAACAACUAGCCGAUGAACAUUAAAAACUAACUUCUACAUACUGCAGCAUUCAAAAUUAACAAACUAAAUGUCACAAAAUGCGAGUAUUACAAUAGACUACAAAUGAUUACUUUACUAUACUUAUGAGCACCUAGGCAGCCGGCUAAACUCUAUGCAACUAAAUUUCAGCAAAAGUAUCUUUAAACGGACACUCAAUAUCUAAUGUGAAGCAACAAUUUUAAGCUAUGGAAAUCUAUAAACAUAUACGCAUUAAAUAUUAUAUAUACAUGCAUAUAUACA